GUGCUGUGGGUGCUGCAAUCUGCUCGAGGUGAGAGCGGGCUGGCGGGAGAGUGAAGUUCCCAAGGGGAGAGCCGGCCGAGGGAGUCAAUCUGGGGAGCGGGGAUACCAGGAAGUCGCAAGGAGGGAGUGAGGAAGCAGGAGGACAUGACUGAGACGGACCUGGGCUGAUCGGGACUGGAGAGGAAGGGAGGCCUGACCGGCUGCGACCUGUGCGGAGAGGAGAGGAAAAGAUGCUAGAACCACAGCAGAAUGGCUUGAUUGACCUACCAGAUUAUGAGCAUAUAGAAGAUGAAACUUUUCCUCCAUUCCCACCUCCAGCCUCUCCAGGGAGAGAAGAUGGUGAAGGAGCUGAACCUGAAGAAGAGUUAGGGAGAGGAGCACGUGUUCCUGUACCUCCAAAGAGAACAGUUAAAAGCAAUAUACCCAAGCUGAAUGCUGAGAGAUUAAUUUCAGAGAGAGGGCUUCCAGCAUUAAGGCAUGUGUUUGAUAAGGCAAAAUUCAAAGGUAAAGGUCAUGAGGCUGAGGACUUGAAGACAGUAAUCAGACACAUGGAGCACUGGGCGCAUAGGCUGUUCCCUAAACUGCAAUUUGAAGAUUUUAUUGACAGAGUUGAAUAUCUGGGAAAUAAAAAAGAAGUUCAGACCUGUUUAAAACAAAUUCGACUUGAUCUCCCUAUUUUACAUGAAGAUUUUGUUAGCAAUAAAGAUGAAGUAGGGGAAAAUAAUGGCCAUGAUGUAACUGCUACCGAGUUAGAUCCCUUUCUGACAAACUCAUCUGAAAGUGCAAAGUUCGCUUCUGAGUCUAGUAGAAGCCUAACAGAAGAACAACAACAAAGAAUUGAGAGAAAUAAACAACUGGCCUUGGAAAGAAGACAGGCAAAGCUACUGAGUAAUAGUCAGUCCCUAGGAAAUGACUUGUUAAUGAACACACCCAGUACACAGACACCUGAAGAGGGUAGUACAGGUGAGGAGAAAAAGGAGGAAGAAUCAAAUGGAUUUAACAAAGACCUUCUAGACAAUCCACAUAAUGAUGCUGCUGCCAAUACUGUAAAUGAAGAGGAGGAAUUAAAAAUAGAGAAAAUGCAACCGGACCAGUCCUUUUAAAAUAUAUAAUAGUAACUUAAGGCUUCAUCUAGAAAUAUUACUGAGGUUGGAUAGGCCUCAAAUGAGAAAAUCUAUUAACUUGCUAUCUUCCAAAUUUGAGAUGACUAUGCAUUUUGCCUACUUUGAGUGAAAAUCCAUAUAUAGUGAAACUUUUAUAGAUUCCUGUUUAAAAUCUGGUAUUAUUUAUAAUUUAUACUUGUUUCUUAUUCACUUUCGUUGUCUAUUUAUUCUCCUUAGUAGUGUUUAUUUUUAUAUAGGUAUGACCUUGUAAAAAUGAUUGGUAGUUAAUAAGUAGCUUCCACUGCUAGUGUGCCAUUGAAUGCCCUGUUUUUACUAAAUUGGGUGGUGUUUUAAGAUGUAAAUAUGUAAUAAAUGCUAAUGUUCUUUCAUUUUUAAAUAAAAAGCUCACAAACUAUCCCUA